AUGGCGACAGUGAGCACGUCCAGGUUUAAGAUCGUCUUCACCUUGGUGGUCUCGGCAACCGACAGCAUCACUGGCGUCACCGGAAACGGCUGCAUCACGGCUCCAUCACGCCGCCCAUAGGGCUGAGUGGGCCAGAUGCGAAGGCUUCCUGUUGGUGACCAGCUCAGCUUCUCCAGGCUCUUGCUAUAGAUUUGGAGGACACUGGGGAAGUCUUACAGUCCGCAGACCACUUAUAACCAAAACACAGUGCCUGUACUUUUCAACAUCCUCACCGUGUUUCUGAACUAGUCCAACCUCUGGCUCACCAUCUGGCUUAAUAUCUUCUAUUGCCUUAAAAUUGCCAACCUUCCUCACCCUUCGUUCUCCCUGAUGAAGAGGAAAAUCCUGGUGCCGAUGCCUUGGUUUCUGAGGCUGUCACUGUUCAUGUCCUCAUGCUUCAGCUUUCCCUGCUCUAACGAUAGCUCCCACGUGUAUGUAAACAGUUCCACUCCGAUCCCGUCCAGCUCCACUAAGACUUACGUCCCCGAGUCCCGUGUGGUCAACCUGGUUCUUCUCUAUAACCUGGGGGUCUUCACUCCUCUGACCAUGUUCCCCGUGGCGGCCACCCUGCUGACCAUCUCUCUCAAGAGACACACCCUCCACAUGCAAAGCAGUGGCUCCAGGGACCCCAGCAUGGAGGCCCACAUGGGGGGCGUCAGAGCUAUCAGCUACUUUCUCAUUCUCUACGUUUCCAGCACAGUUGCUCUGUAUCUUUUCUUGUCCGUCUUUGAUGCCAACAGUUCCUGGAAUGUUCUGAAAAUCAUCACGGCUGCCUACCCUGCUGGCCACUCGGUGCUACUGAUCUUGGGCAAUCCUAGGCUGAGAAGAGCCUGGAAGCGGUUUCAGUACCGAGCUCAUCUUUACCUAUCAGGGCAGACUCUGUGGCUGGAACCCACAGAGCGCCGUGGGACCAGGUCCAAACAGCUCCGCCUUUUCCUCACCUGGACCUCUCUUCCUCACCCAUCUUUUCUUUCCUAA